GCGCGGCCUCGGUGCUGGCGGGACAGGGCCACGGCAGUGCGGUGUCUUCCGCCCGUCUGCAGCCGUCUGCAAAUUGUUUCUUUCUUUUUUGCAAUUUUGAACAUUUUGCAAAACCAGGGUUCAAGGCAGGUGAGAGCAUCCUGCUCGUGGCCGAGUAGCCCACAGGCACUUGGUGCGCUCUCCGGAGACCGUCUGCACUGGGAACCCGAAAGUUUUUUGUUUUUUAUUUUCUUACUCAGAUGUAUUUAUAAAGAUUUGAUUUUUUUUUCUUCCCUUGUCUCCACCGCCUUGAAAGAGAGUACUUUUGGCAAAGGACGGAAGAAAAAGCUCAGCAACAUUUUGGGGGCAGUAUUUUUUUUUUUUUUUAAGAAAAAUAUUUGAGUGCAUCGCGACGAAGAAAAUGUCCCGACCGCUCCCCCUGAAUCCCACCUUUAUCCCGCCUCCCUACGGCGUGCUCAGGUCCUUGCUGGAGAACCCGCUGAAGCUCCCCCUUCAUCACGAAGACGCAUUUAAUAAAGAUAAAGACAAGGAAAAGAAGCUGGAUGAUGAGAGUACUAGCCCGGCAGUCCCCCAGUCGGCGUUCUUGGGACCCACGCUAUGGGACAAAACUCUUCCUUAUGAUGGAGAUACUUUCCAGUUGGAAUACAUGGACCUGGAGGAGUUUUUGUCGGAAAAUGGCAUCCCCCCUAGCCCUCAGCAUGACCACAGCCCUCACCCUCCCGGGCUGCAGCCAGCUUCCUCAGCUGCCCCCUCCGUCAUGGACCUCAGCAGUCGGGCCUCUGCACCCAUUCACCCUGGCAUCCCGUCCCCGAACUGUAUGCAGAGCCCCAUCAGACCAGGUCAGCUGUUGCCAGCAAACCGCAAUACACCGAGUCCCAUUGAUCCUGACACCAUCCAGGUCCCGGUGGGGUAUGAGCCAGACCCGGCAGAUCUUGCCCUCUCCAGCAUCCCUGGUCAGGAAAUGUUUGACCCUCGCAAACGCAAGUUCUCUGAGGAAGAACUGAAACCGCAACCCAUGAUUAAGAAAGCUCGCAAAGUCUUCAUCCCUGAUGAUCUGAAGCAGGAUGACAAGUACUGGGCAAGGCGCAGAAAGAACAACAUGGCAGCGAAGCGCUCGCGCGACGCCCGGCGCCUGAAGGAGAACCAGAUCGCCAUCCGGGCUUCGUUCCUGGAGAAGGAGAACUCGGCCCUCCGCCAGGAGGUGGCCGACCUGCGGAAGGAGCUGGGCAAGUGCAAGAACAUACUCGCCAAGUACGAGGCCAGGCACGGGCCCCUGUAGGACGAUGGCAUUUGGGGGGGAGGGGCUGGCCUUUGACUAGAUGGACACUUUGUUUCCUGUCUGAUCGCACCACACCCGAACCAACCUUCCUGACAUCAGCACUUUACCAGAGGCAUCGGCACAACCGCCCCGCGUGUCGGUGUGUAUGUGCGCGCACGCCUGCGCUUGUGCUCCCGUGUGCGGUCGGCGGUGUGCGUGCGCGCGCGCGCGCGCGCGUCCCUUUCUUUGCACUUGCUAUUUUCAGAUAUCCCUCUCACCCUCUUUUAGUUCCGAAAAAGAAAGGUGCCAUGUUUUUACUGGACUGUGGAGCCCUCUCGUGGGUUUUCCUGACCCUCCCUUCUCCCCUGCUCCUGCCGUUUCGGUGUUGCUGCGUGUUCGCUCUUACCCACUCUUCCAGGACCCUCUGCUUGGAGUCACUGACGAGGGCCCUGGUAAAACGGUAGAUCUCAGUUUUCAAGACGACAAGCUUUUGUUUCUGUUUAAUCUGUAAGUAACCGUGCUAAUAAGGUGCACAAAAUUACCUAGCACUACACCGCAGCUCUAUCCAGUUAUAGGUUGCUUUCCUCAUAUUUUCAGUUUGGGUGAUGAUCGUCUUCAAAUUUAAAGUGCUGUUUAGAUUUAUUAGAUCCCGUAUUUACUUACUGCUAUCGACUAAGUUUCCUUUUAAUUCUACCAACCCCAGAUAAGUAAGAGUACUAUUAUAGAACACAGAGUGUGUUUUUGCACUGUCUGUACCUAAAGCAAUAAUCCUAUUGUACGCUAGAGCAUGCUGCUUGAGUAUUACUAGUGGACGUAGGAUAUUUACCCUACCUAAGAAUUUCAUCCUUAAAAAAAAAAACAAAAAUUACAGUAAUGCAUUCGAGCAUGCCAGAACAUCCCCAGGACAGGGAAGCGGAGGGAAAUGCCAGGUCUAAGAAGGAGGGGUUAAUUUAUCAGUAUACAGCCAAAAAAAAAAAAAAAAAAAGGCGUCUUGGAAUAGCUUUUGACAUUGAUACAUUUGGUUUGUUCUCUCCCCUCUCCUAUAACCCACUCCCAAUUUUUCUAGUUAACUUUUUCCAUAUCCCUCUUGAUAUUCAAAGCAAUUCAAUUACUUAAGAUUCAGUUUGCCCCAUUUUUUGUAAUAUAUAUAUUUUUGUGAAUUAUACCUUGCUGUUUUUAAAAAUCAGUUGAUUAAGUUAAUGAGUUGAUGUUUUGUAAGACCUUUUUUCCUAGUGGUGUCAUUUUUGAAUGCUUCAUAAAUUAAUAAUUCUGGAGCUCGUGUUUCUUAUUCUCUGUUUGCUUUUGAACGGAUGUGCUUUUAUAAAGUGGACUUCUGAAAAUGAAUGUAAAAGACACUGGUGUAUCUCAGAAGGGGGAUGGCAUUGUCACAGACUGCGGUUAAUCCAAUCAAUUUAAAUGUUUACUAUUGACCAAAAGGAGAGAUUAUUAAAUUGUUUAAUGUUUAUACAGAGUAAUUAUAGGAAGUUCUUUUUUGUACAGUAUUUUUCAGAUAUAAAUACUGACAAUGUAUUUUGGAAGACAUAUAUUAUAUAUAGCAAAGAGAAAAGGAAAACUAUUCCAUGUUUUAAAAUUAUAUAGCAAAGAUAUAUAUUCAUCAAUGUUGUACAGAGAAGAAGUGCUUGGGGCGUUUGAAGUCUUUAAUAUUUUAAGCCUAUCACUGAUACAUCAGCAUGUUUUCUGCUUUAAAAGUUUUAUGACAGUUUCGAGGCUUGCUGUGAUGAAUCCCGCUCUAAAAUAAAUAAGAAGCUUUCUUGUUUCUUAUUAGGUCUCAGAAAGAAGUCAGUUAACGUCACCCAAAAGCACAAAAUGGAUGUUAGUCAAAUAUUUAUUGGAUGAUACAGUGUUUUUCAGGAAAAGCAUCUGCCACAAAAAUGUUCACUUCAAAAUUAUGAGUUCCUGGAAUGGAAUAUCAUUGCAAACACCCCAAACAAUUCUGUUCUUCUCCGUGGGCACGUGCAUCUUAGGCAGUCAAUAUACAGUCAAUAUCGGUGCUAUGUGUAUGGUUUAUAAUUUGAUGGAUGUUUUGACUUUAAAGAUUGUUCUCCUGUUUCACUAAGUUGUGUGAUGUCAAAAGAUUCUGCUGUUAUCACAAAGAAACAUUUUGUGCCAGAUUAAAAUACCUUUUCAUCAAUGGGAUUUUCUAGUUUCCUGCCUCCAGAGUUAUCUAAUUCUUUAGUAACCUGGUGGUCUCUUUGUCAAUCCAUCAGCAGUUCUCUCAUAGUUUUAUAGUCUUGGGAAAGCUGACUAGUAGGCUGUUCCUACUAGGUAUCCAUUUUGUCCCAAGCUACAGAUUACAGUGGGAGAUGGAAGAGUAUCGAAAUUGAAAUACAUUGUUAAGGUAAACAACUAAUAAACAGAAGCUUUGACAAUCUCAAGCAGAACUGAAUUCAGUAAGAGACACUAGUGGACACAGAAUUGGUCUUUUUAUCAGUAAAGAGGCUAAUUGCAGCAGAAUCGUUAGACGGCAGUGUUCACUAAAGCAGAGACAAAUGAUGUAUGGAGUGGAGAAGUGUUGAAGGGAUUGUACCGUGGACCAUCUAAAGUCACUGAAGUAUAAAAUGAUAGCUGAAAAACCUGUAUUUGAGCACCGGUCUUUCUUGGAGUUAGGUUGUUUGUAUCGAAUGAGCAUCACAAAUGUUUUCAGAAGAAAUAAAAAGAUCAUAAUAAAACUUA